AUGCAUGCUGUCAAACUCCAGCUAACUCCUUUCCUCCUGCUCUGUUUCUCUGCUCAGGUUUCCCCAAACUGCGACCAGGUUUUGGUGAACGGUAAAGAAAUGCGCGGCCGUCAGUCUUUGGCGGUAAACUUCAACUACCUCCACCUGUCUGCACAGCUCCAGCUCACCGUCUGGGUCCCCAAACUACCUUUGCAGAUAGACGUGUCCGACACGGAGCUAAGCCAGGUCAAAGGCUGGAGAGUCCCCAUCGUCACCAACAAGAGGCCAACCAGAGACAGUGAAGAUGAUGACGAUGAUGAGAGGAAGGGCAAAGGCUGCACCCUACAGUACCAGUAUGCUUUGGUGAGGGUUCUGACCCAUUUUGUGGCCGAACCUUCUGACCCGGGUGGAGAGAUGGUCUACAUGUUGGGGGCUGACUGGCAAGCUGAUAUCACCCAUUUAGUGUUGGACCAGCUAAAGGUUGAAGACCCUCGGAUUGCCAGACUGAUAGACGGACGAAUCUUGAUCGGACGGGACCUGGGUAUCACCACUAUCCAAGUACUAUCCCCUCUUUCUGACUCCAUCCUGGCAGAGAAGACUGUGACUGUUCUGGACGACAAGGUCACCAUCACUGACCUGGGAGUCCAGCUGGUUGCAUCGCUGUCCCUCAGUAUGACGGCGAGUCCCGGUAAUUACCAGGCCAUACAGCUGACAACCACAGCUACCGACCUGCUACACACACCCAAACAGGAAGCAGUGAUCAGUGCCUGGAUCCAGUACAGCGACGGUUCAGUGACACCACUCGAUAUCUAUGAUCCCAAGGACUUCCUCCUCUCAGCUGUGUCAUUGGACGAGGGUGUCAUCUCUAUAAACAAUCAGGAACAACACUGGCCAAUCAUAGUGGCAGAAGGUGACGGACAGGGCCCUCUGGUCCGUGCGGAGAUGGUCAUAUCUGAGACCUGCCAGAAAUCCAAAAGGAAGAGUGUGCUGGCGUCAGGAAUUGGGAACGUAUUAGUUAAGUUUGGCGCAAAGAGCGAGGAAAGAGGAGUGAUGGGAAGAGGACAGGAGGACGGUGGAGGGAUGGACAACAGCACCUAUGAUCAACGAACGAAAGAAGGAGAGUGGAAGUCCAACAGUGCAGCAGCAGACAGAGAGGAAGGAGCCAUGAGGAAGGUUAGCACAACAACAAAGAGCACAGUCACCCACCGGGCGUCAGGAGGUAAAGGAGCCAGCGGAGGUAGCAGCAGCAGUCGGGGUGGAGGCCCCAACCAGUCAGGGGACUACAGUAACUACCCAGCACAGGUGGAAGUACCAGGGACAGGGGACAGUGAACUGACCCAGACCACUAGAGGCCUGUCGGACUUGGAGAUUGGGAUGUAUGCCCUUCUGGGAGUAUUCUGUCUGGCAAUACUGGUGUUCCUCAUUAACUGUGUCAGCUUCGCUUUCAGAUACCGUCAUAAACAGGUUCCGGUUUUGGAGGCGGGCGGUAACAUGAACCACGCCCACGACUGGGUUUGGCUGGGUAACGAGGCCGACCUCUUAGCCGACCACUCUGAACAGUGCCAGGGCGGUCUGCCGGACGAGUGCACCACCAUUAUCGACCGGAACGAAGGAGGUUACGAGGAGAGCAAGUACCUGUUGAACGGGGCUGAGAACACCUUGGUGAUGGGCGUGGGCGCCAGCAUGGGCACGAUCAGCGGAAGCGCUGGCGCCGGCGGACACCAUCGGGGUGUCACUCACAGACAAACUUUACCCAGAUCUGUUCCAGAACCGCAUCAGUGCCUUUCAGCGAUCACUACUGGUGGCAAAGACACUAGCGGCCAAGCGGAGCAUCUGAAUAAUUCCCCCCGAGCGACGGCUGCAGCUGCGGUUGCGGCCGCCAAACGCAAACGAGUCAAGUUCACGUCUUUUGCGACCGUUCUACCCAACGAGAAUUCAGGCGGAGGCGGCCCGUACACCAACUCCUCGGUCCUGAUGACCAAUGGGAGUGAGGAUGACAUCAAGUGGGUGUGCCAGGACAUGGACCUGGGUCAGUCUGAAAUCAGAACCUAUAUGGAGAGGCUACAAGACAAUCUGUGACUGAUGGGAAAGAGACUGAGGAAGGGAGGGGCAGCGGAUGAGUGCGUGGACGAUGGAAUACAAUUCACCUGUAAUGCCUUUGCAAUGGAUGAAGGGAGGCAGAUUGGGGGAGAAAUAAAAAGGGUGGAGGGCAAAGAUGAGAACGGACACAAAGUGCAAAGAAGAGUUGGGAUGAUUGCGUACAGACAGUGCAGGAGAUGCUAACGUUUCGCUUCCUGUAGCCAAUGGAAAGCAUCCUGCCACGACAAGCUUACACUCGAAUCAACGGUAGCAAACAACCAAUAACAUUACAAGUUUGUUUAUAUUAUUUAUUGUGAAAAUAGCCAUGUAAAAUAAUCAAUAAUAAAGUCAGUUUUGGGUAUAAAUGUUUAUUUUUGGGAAUAUGAUCUUACCAGUGUACUAUAUAGUAAAUUCAGGGUAUAUUAUUGGACAAAUGGUACGCCAACAUACAUUUUAAUGAGGAUGGCAAGAACUUCCAUUACGUUUAAAUCUUCGUUUACUCAUUUAGUGUGUUGGCAGCAUUGGCAGUGGCUGUUAAAUCAUUAUUGAUAGGUCUAGUUUUAAUAUAAAUAAAUGGCAUUAUUAACCUGCCAACUCUGCUGAAUGGUCACUGAUUCCUACGAACAUUGUUACAGUUUCGUCCUGUCUUAUCCUGAGGCCCUUUCUUCACCAAGAGAAAGUGUAAAAGCGGUAUAUUCCGACUAAAAAUCUAAGAUUUUCUUGUCACUAGUGGGAGUUUGGGCAACCCCACUCUUGUCCUCAAAAAGCAGAAUGUGUCCUUAAGUUGGAGACAUGACCUGUCACAUACAGUACCCAGACUGUGGUUCUCCCUUGGAUCCAAGACAGAGGCAUUGAAACUUGCACAAUUAAAACAGGAAAAGGACACUGGCCAUAUUUAAGGCUUACACUUCCUGUUUUCAGAAAACCCUCCAGCCAAUGACAGCUUUUCCUCCCUGUAGACCAAUCCCAUCAUCUCCUUUGCCCCUCCCCCCUCUUUUUCUUGUCUGUGAUUGGACAACAAUAGAAAACUUUGUAAAGAACACAGUUGGAAUACUGUGAAGUACUGUCUAUAAACUCAACCGUGAAGGACCGAGGUGUCUCUUGGUAAAAGAUGGAGGCGGAACGGGUUCUGCAAAGCCUGACUGGACUUAAAAAAAAACAGACGCCAUGUAGACAACAAGACCGACCAACGGUGUAUUUACACGGAGCUACAGGACGAAACGAAUGAUGUGGAGAACGAAUCAACAUGAAGUGACUCUCUUUAACCUAACUAAUAGAUAUGGGUUCAUGAAACAUGUUUGUUCUUGCUGAACUUUUUAUAUUUUCUUUCCUGUAGUUUGUCUUUUUUGAUGAAUAGAAUGUUUUUUAUUACAUUUUUUUGUUUGUUUUAUGUUUUUCCUAAUUUGGAAAAGAUAAUUGUAGCUUAUUAUUUCAGAGAUUUAUUAAGAUUUUAAGGAUAUAUGAUUCUUUUUUUUUUUUAGUCUACUAGAAAGUUAUUUAUUUAAAUUAACAUUUGAGAGGGUGAGGAAACUAAGGAAGACCAGGGAUAAAAGAGUGAAAGACAUCAGACCCACUGGUGAACGAUAGCACAUAAGAGAUCUAAUGAAAGGAGGAUGAAGAAGAAGAGUAGGAGGAGGAGGAGGAGACAGGACAGGCAGAGGUUGCCUCACCUUCGUUAAGCUCAGGUGACGAGUUGCGACGAACUGACAAUAAAACGGAGAUCUGUAAGAUUGUUAAGAUUGCAAUAUUUAUUUAUAAAUGUGAUACUGUUUCAGAGUACACUGUAUGUUGUAAAUAAAUAAACAUGCUUCAAAGUG